GGCUUGUGCUGCGGCCUUUUGCGUCGCUCAGGUACCGCACUUUACGACCGCCCCUCAAUCCCACGGUGGGAAUACGGCUCGGCCUGCCUUCUUGUUCCCUAGGCUCGGGCGCGCGGUGUGCCGCCGGUGGGAGCGCGAGUGGCUGUGCAGCGGCGGAAGUUAUCUCUGCAGGGAAGAUGCUUCCCUUGUCGCUGCUGAAGACGGCGCAGAAUCACCCCAUGCUGGUGGAGCUGAAGAACGGAGAGACGUACAACGGGCACCUGGUGAGCUGCGACAACUGGAUGAACAUCAACCUUCGAGAGGUGAUCUGCACGUCACGGGAUGGCGACAAGUUCUGGAGGAUGCCCGAGUGCUACAUCCGCGGCAGCACCAUCAAGUACCUGCGCAUCCCCGAUGAGAUCAUCGACAUGGUGCGGGAGGAGGCCGCCAAGGGCCGCGGACGGGGAGGCCCGCAGCAGCAGAAGCAGCAGAAAGGCCGAGGCAUGGGCGGCGUUGGCCGAGGUGUGUUUGGCGGCCGGGGCCGGGGUGGCAUCCCAGGCGCAGGCCGUGGCCAGCCCGAGAAGAAGCCAGGACGGCAGGCGGGCAAGCAGUGAGCCGGCCCAGCCCGGCCCAGGCCCGUGGGCGAGGCCUCCGGACUCCUUUGCGCUAAGCCGCACUUGGCAUCUGGUCCGGUGAAGUCCCUGGCUGGCACUCACUUGGUUCUGGAAGGUUCCGAGUCUGCAUUGCCUGUGGAGCCUUGGAAGCCCUCUGAAGGCUGCUUCAGGUUCGUGGAGCUUCACGGCGGAGCUGCAGGCUCAAGCGCAGGGCAGCUUGCCUGUCCUUUCCCAGCUGCACCCCUUACGUUUUCUGUUGAAAAAUAAAGGCAAACACUAUGGCAGGA